UUCAUUUUCUUCUUUCAUACUUCAAAAACUUCAGAUGAGUGUGAAAGCAAAAACAUUAAUUAUACAAGUGUCUACUGAGCAACAAUCAAUUACAACCACACAUGACAGUAUGGAUUCUCCUCAAGAACAUCUCUCAGAGUUCAUGGAGAAACUGAGCUCAAUUCUCACUGAAUUGAAAGAUGAUAAAAGGGUAGUUAUGAUCAGUAAUCCUCAAAUUCAGAAAGCAAUUGAAUCACUUGAAGUCGAUUUUCGACGUGCCAAGUCCUUGGUGAAAAGCAGCAGAAUCUCCCCUACACAUGAUGAGAACAUUGAACAAGUGAUUCAGACUCUUGCAAGGGGUUUAGGCCUUGUGCUCUUUGCUAGUCAUGAUGUUGUCGAAAGUACUAAGAAGGCAGAGAUUGAGGUGCUGAGAAGAGAGAUGAUGAAGAUGAGUAGUGUUAAUAAGACUAAUUUGAUUAUGAGUUCGGAUGAAUCCGAGUUCUCAUCGUAUGAUCGAGGGAUAGUGGAAGAAGACGAUAGAACAACUAUAGAUGUCGAUGGGAUAGUGGAAGAAGACAAUAGAAUAGCUCUAGAUGUUGAUGAGAUAGUGGAAGAAGAUGAAAUAACUCUAGAUGUUGAUGAUGUUGUUGUUCAAAUCAAGUAUGGUGAUGAUGAACUUCUUAAAUGUGCACUUAAUGGAUUAAAGUCAUUGGUUUUGGAUGGUAUGAUUACUAAAGAAGGGAUUCAUCAUGAAGAUAUGAUCCCGGUUCUGUUUAAUCGAUUGAGUUCAAGUAAAACAGAUCAUAGAUUGAUUAUACUCCGAAUACUACAAGCCCUGGCCGCUCAAGAUGAUGAACAUAAGGAAAAGAUGGCAGAAAUGGGGAAUUUAUCGAUACUGGUGAAGUCGUUGGGUCAUGAUUUGGAAGAGCAGAAAGAAGCAGUGGGGCUGUUAGUGAGUCUAUCAGAUGUUGCUGCAGUUAGGAGAAGAGUUGGGAGAAUUCAAGGCUGCAUCGUCAUGUUGGCUGCAAUUUUUAAUGGGGACGAUCAAAUGUCUUCACAUGAUGCUGCCAACUUGUUAAAUUCUUUAUCAGGCAAUACCCAAUAUGCUCUUCAUAUGGCUGAGGCUGGCUAUUUCAAGCCUCUUGUACACUACUUGAACCAAGGAUCAGAUAUGAGUAAGAUUCUAAUGGCAACAGCACUUUCAAGAAUGGAACUCACAGAUCAAAAUAGAGCUAACCUGGGACAAGAUGGAGCCGUGGAACCGCUAGUCAAAAUGUUCACCUCCGGGAACCUAGAAGCUAAGCAAUCGUCUCUAAACGCGUUGCACAACUUGUCUGCCUUGAAAGCAAACGUUCAACGCCUUAUAAAAUUGGGCAUCGUUGCUACUCUGCUACAGCUUCUUUUCUCCGUGACAUCGGUGCUCAUGACUCUAAGAGAGCCAGCAUCUGCAAUUCUUGCAAAAAUAGCAGCUCAAUCGGAAGUUGGCAUAGUACUAGUGAAACAAGAUGUUGCUCAGCAGAUGAUUUCGCUCCUUCAUCUGACUAGUCCAGUAAUCCAGUGUCACUUGCUAGAAGCACUUAAUGCCAUUGCUGCUUGUCCGAAUGCUUCAAAGGUCAGAAGAAAAAUGAAGGAAAAUGGCGCUGUUCGCCUUCUCUUACCAUUCCUAACAGAAAGCCGCAAUACCAAGAUUAGAAAUGGAGCUUUAAAUCUGAUUUACGUAUUGUCUAAUGAUAUGCAAGGCGGGGAGCUAAUGGAGCAGCUAGAACAAAUGCAUCUGAAUACAUUGAUCAACGUCGUAUCAUCAUCAUCCACAACAGAUGAUGAAAAGGCUGCUGCUGUUGGCAUACUAAGCAACUUUCCGGUGAGUGACAAGAAUGUCACAGACAUGUUUAUGAAAGCAAACCUACUGCCCAUUUUGGUUUCUAUAUUGACAUCAAGUACACCUACAACACCACAUUUACUAGCUGAGAACGUCUCCGCAGUACUAAUCCGAUUCACCCUUCCAUCAGACAAGAAACUACAACACUUCUCUGUCGAAAAUGGGGUGAUCAACGUUUUGGUAAAGCUCCUCACAUGUGGUUCAAUAGUAGCCAAAUGUAGAGCUGCAACAUCACUAGCUCAACUAUCUCAAAACUCACUCACUCUACGAAAAUCAAGAAAGUCAAGAUGGUUUUCAUGUGCCCCUCCACAUUCUACAGACACAUUUUGUCAAGUACAUGAUGGGCAUUGCUCUAUAAAAACCACAUUCUGUUUGGUAAAAGCAGGGGCAAUGCCUCCGCUAGUCCAAAUAUUGCAAGGCAACGAAAGAGCAGCGGACGAAGCUGCUCUAAAUUGCCUUGCAACAUUACAACAAGACGAGAUUUGGGAAAAUGGGAGCAACUUGUUAGUGAAAAUGUCAUGUGUACAACCAAUUAUCAAGAUUCUUGAAGAAGGGAUUAGCUUAAAAGCUCAAGAGAAGUCCCUGUGGAUUUUGGAAAAGAUAUUCAAAGUGGAGGCUUAUAGAGUAGAAUAUGGUGAAUAUGCACAAGUUGUGCUAAUUGAUUUAGCACAAAAUGGGGAUUCAUUGUUGAAACCUACAGUGGCUAAAUUAUUAGCACAACUUGAGCUCUUGCAGCAACAAUCAAGUUACUUUUGAGACAAA